GAGCUUCAUGUGACAUUGGAUGGAAGCUUCCUAGGACAUGCUCUUUCCUUUUCGCGAACCGCCGGUUUGUAGCGCUGCCGACGGUCUCAACGAUUUCUGCCGCAUUGAUCGAGGGCUGCGCUGAGCCCGUAGCGGCACAUCAAUGCCGGUGACAAUGGGCAUAGGAGCAGUCGAGAGUCUGCUGGAGCAGUCCCGUGGCGCGAUCCAGGACCCGGGGUCAUUAGGGCUCCCAGAGCAUGCAUGGGCAUAUAUCUGGACGUUUCUGGGUGCCCUGGCGGCCGUAUAUCUCGUUCUGCGUGAAAACGACAAGCCGAUCCGGUACACCGUCCCGUUUCCCAAGAAGCCCGAGAAGGUCGAGAUCCUCGAUGAGCCCGCUAUCAAGGUCUCGGGGUCUACCGCAGUCCAGUGUUAUGCGCCCGCAACGGGACAGUUCCUCGGCCUCGUAAACCCCUCGACGCCGAACGCCAUUGACCGAGCGGUCGAGCAGGCCCAGGCCGCGCAGACGAAGUGGGCUACCACGACUUUCCGCGAGCGCCGCGCCGUGCUCCGCUCCAUCCUGCAGUAUGUUUUGGACAACCAAGAAGAGAUCUGCCGCGUGGCAUGCCUCGACAGUGGCAAGACCAUGGUAGAUGCGCAGCUGGGCGAAGUCCUGGUGACGGUGGAGAAACUCCAGUGGACCAUCAAGCACGGCGAGGAAGCUCUGCGCCCUUCGCGGCGGCCGACAAACUUGCUGAUGGCCUACAAGCGCAAUACGGUGCACUACGAGCCCCUGGGUGUGGUGGCCGCCCUCGUGAGCUGGAACUACCCCUUUCACAACCUGAUCGGCCCUGUCAUCAGCGCCCUGUUCUCCGGAAACGGCAUCCUGGUCAAAGUCUCGGAACAGACUGCCUGGAGCUCGUCCUACUUCACAAACAUUGCGCGGGGAGCGCUUGUCGCCCACGGCCACGACCCGGCCCUCGUGCAGACCAUCGUCUGCUGGCCCCAGACAGCAAACCACAUCACGUCGCACCCGGGCAUCAGCCACGUCACCUUCAUCGGCUCCCGCCCCGUGUGCCAUAAAGUCGCCGCGUCCGCUGCCAAGGCGCUAAUCCCCGUUGUCGCCGAGCUGGGCGGUAAGGACGCCUCCAUCGUCCUCGACUCGGUCAGCAAGCGCGACCUGGCGCGCGUCGUCGAGAUUCUCAUGCGAGGCUCCUUCCAGGCCUCGGGCCAGAACUGCAUCGGCAUCGAGCGCAUCGUCGCCGCGCCGCAGAUCUAUCCCACACUCGUCUCCCUCCUUGAACCCCGCGUGCGCGCUCUCCGCGUCGGGCCUACCGCCGAUGUGGGUGCCAUGAUCUCCGACAGCUCCUUCGCCCGGCUGGAAGGGCUGGUUGCCGACGCCGUCCAGCACGGGGCGCGCCUCUUGGCGGGCGGGAAGCGCUUCAUCCACCCCGACCACCCCAAGGGCCAUUAUUUCCAGCCCACGCUGCUCGUCGACGUGACAUCGGACAUGGCCAUCGCGAACGAGGAGUGCUUCGCGCCGAUCAUGGUGCUCAUGCGCGCACCGUCGAACUCGGCCGAGGACCUCCUCGCCGUGGCCAAUGCGCCGCACUUUGGCCUGGGGAGCUCCGUGUUCGGUGCCGACUCGGAUCCGAGGAUCGGCAAGAUUGUCAGGGGUAUCAAGGCCGGCAUGGUCGCAGUCAAUGACUUUGGCGCCACCUACGCUGUGCAGCUGCCCUUUGGCGGCGUGUCCGGGUCGGGGUAUGGCAGGUUUGCAGGUGAGGAAGGACUCAGGGGGCUGUGUAACGUCAAGGCUGUGUGCCAGGAUCGGAUGGGGUGGUUGGGGGUCAGGACGGCGCUCCCCGGGGCGAUGCGGUACCCUAUCAUGGACCAAGAGCGGAGUUGGAGGUUCACAAAGGGGAUGGUGGAGGUUGGGUAUGGCAUCGGUAUUGUCAGAAAGAUCGGAGGAGUGCUGGGGAUCGUCAAGAACAGCUGAGGGAUGUUGUAAUAGUGAAGGGUGAAGAAGACUGUGGUACAUUAUCAUGUCGGGUAUUACGCCUGGAAAGCACUCGAUAGAACUUGGUAACAUGCGACUCAACCAUAUGAUAAUAGCUAAGACCUUAAUCAUGUCAUUAUCUCAUCUGUACAAAGACAUUUGGCCACUCCAUACU